AUGGACCAAGCACCUGUCUGGAAACAACCUCGGCACAUGACAAUAAACCCAAUAAAUUCAGUCAAAAUGCAGUUCACUCUCAUCACCGCUUUCGCCACUGCCUUCCUGGCCUCCUUUGUGGCCGCUAACCCUGCUCCCGCCCCGGCUCCCUUCGAGAUCGGUAUCGGUGCCAACGCUGCCGCUAACGCCGCUGCUGAGGUCGCUGCCAACGCUGGACUCGGUGCCGGUGCUGGUAUCCACUUCAAGGCUUAA